GUCAGGAGCGGAGGUUGUGGUUUAAACGCUGGCUUUCACCGUGGGGUUAUUAUGUGGAGCCGUGUGCACGAAGUCAUCAUCUCUUUCGGAUUUUGAAUGCUUCCAGUGCUCUCCUUUGGUAACGUGAUUUGAAGCUUUCGUGAGGAUGGAAAACAAGGAGGAAUCCAUCUGCAGCUCCGUCAGCGACCUUACCUGGGAGCAGGUGAGCCGGCUGAAUGAAGUCCUCACAGAGGUCGUUCCCGUUCACGGACGAGGGAACUUCCCCACCCUAGAGGUGCAGCUGAAAGACAUAGUGGCACGGGUGCGGACUCACCUGGAGCUGAGCGGCAUCCGAGUGAAGGACAUCCGUCUCAACGGCUCCACCGCCAGCCACGUCCUGGUGCAGGACAUCGGCUGGAGCUACAAAGACCUGGAUUUCAUCUUCAGGGUGGACCUCCCCACCGAGGCGGAGUUCAGGCUGGUUAAGGAUGUUGUUUUGGGAAUCCUGCUGGACUUUCUGCCGGAGGGCGUGAACAAGGAGAAAAUCACUCCCAUGACUCUGAAGGACGUGUACGUCCAGAAGCUGGUGAAGGUCAACACGGAGCAGGACCGCUGGAGCCUCAUCUCGCUGUCAAACAACAACGGCCGCAACGUGGAGCUGAAGUUCGUCGACUCGAUACGCCGACAGUUCGAGUUCAGCGUGGACUCCUUUCAGAUUGUGCUGGACUCCAUCCUCUCCCACUACGAGCAGACGCAGCCGGACAUGUCUGAGGCCUUUCACCCUGCCGUCAGAGGGGAGAGCAUGUACGGAGACUUCAACGCCGCGCUCGGCCACCUGCGCGGCAAGCUCAUCGCCACGAAGAGACCAGAGGAGAUCCGUGGUGGGGGGCUGCUUAAGUACUGCAACCUGCUGGUGCGGGACUUUCAGCCGGCCAAUCAGGAGGAGUUCAAGGCCCUGGAGAGGUACAUGUGCUCCCGCUUCUUCAUAGACUUCCCCGACAUUGGAGAGCAGCAGCGCAAAGUGGAGGCUUACCUGAUGAGCCACUUCAUCGGCGAGGAGAAGAGCAAGUAUGACUACCUCCAGAUCCUACGGAAGGUCGUUAACGAGAGCACCGUGUGCCUCAUGGGCCACGAGCGGCGGCAGACCCUCCACCUCCUCUCGCUAAUGGCCUUCAGGGUGCUGGCGGAGCAGAGCGCCAUCCCAGACGCUUCCUGCGUCACCUGCUACUACCAGCCGGCGCCGUACAUCAGAGACCACAACUUCAGCAACUACUACGUGGCCAACCAGAACAUUCCAACAUGGCUGCCGUGUAACUGACGAGACAAACGGGUCACUGGACGACUCGACCGCAGCUACUGCUUUUCAAGAGGGAAGGAACUGAUUUGAGAAAAAAAAGAUUCAGAAAAAAAUAUUAAAAGAGGGGAAAAAAUGUCAGAAAAAAAAAAACCACAGUGGCAAUAAAUGCGACGUUUCUCUUAAGGCACAUUUUCAGUGGACAAGUUUGUUUUUUUUUUUGUUUUUUUUUUUGCAUUCUUUCUCAUUCCUUUUCUGCAGAGGUGUUAACGUUUUUAAGUGUUAUUUUUGAAUCUUUCUGGGUGUAUACCUUUAAUCUUAGUGGAGACGUUUGUGCCUUAACCUCUAGCUGUCAGGUUCACCCCUCCAGAGUUAUGAGUAUGGAUUGUUGUUAGAAGAAAAUGGAAAAUUAAAUGCUGUAGCCUUCAGUUUGGGUUCCUUGUUUAAAAAA